AAAGAAGUCAAAGGUGGAUUUGAACUGAAACCUAAAAGUUAUUUCUGGAGGAAGACCAAGAUCACUUGAUUCCAGCAAACAUGGAUGGGAGACCCACCUGUGACCAGUGUGGGAAGACUUUCACCAGAAUGAGUGGGAUGAAAGAACAUCUGCGUAUCCACACUGGAGAAAGACCAUAUGACUGUGAACAGUGUGAAAAGGCUUUCACAACAAUAGAUAGCUUAAAAAGGCACCAACGCAUCCACACUGGAGAAAGACCAUAUGACUGUGACCAGUGUGGAAAGACUUUCACCACAACAGAUGGCUUAAAAAGGCACCAACGCAUCCACACUGGAGAAAGACCAUAUGGUUGUGACCAGUGUGGGAAGACUUUUACUUUGGCAAGUAAAUUGAAAAGGCACCAACACAUCCACACUGGAGAAAGACCAUAUCAUUGUGAUCAGUGUGGGAAGACUUUCACAUUGGCAAAUAACUUAAAAGUCCACCAACGCAUCCACACUGGAGAAAAACCAUUUAGCUGUGGCCAGUGUGGGAAGGCUUUCACUAGAAUGAGUGGACUAAAAAUUCACCAACGCAUCCACACUGGAGAAAGACCAUAUGACUGUUACCAGUGUGGGAAGGCUUUCACUUCAGCAAGUAAGUUAAAAAGACACCUACAUAUCCAUACUGGAGGAAGACCAUAUGUGUGUGACCAGUGUGGGAAAGCUUUCACUUUGGCAAGUAAGUUCAAAAGACACCUACGCAUCCAUGCUGGAGAAAGACCAUAUGACUGUGACCAGUGUGGGAAGGCUUUCACUAGUAUGAGUGGGCUUAAAAUCCACCAACGCAUUCACACUGGUGAAAGACCCUAUGACUGUGACCAGUGUGGGAAGACUUUCACUUUGGUAAGUAAGUUAAAGAGGCACCAACGCAGCCACACUGGAGAAAGACCAUAUGACUGUGACCAGUGUGGGAAGGCUUUCACUAGAAUGAAUGGGCUUAAAAUCCACCAAAGCAUUCACACUGGAGAAAGACCAUAUGUCUGUGACCAGUGUGGGAAGACUUUCCCUUUGGCAAGUAAGUUAAAAUGGCAUCAACGCAUUCACACUGGAGAAAGGCCAUAUUACUGUGAUCAGUGUGGGAAGACUUUCGCCUCAGCAAGUCACUUAAAAAUCCACCAACGCAGCCACACUGGAGAAAGACCAUAUAACUGUGACCGGUGCGGAAAGACUUUCAGAUCCUUGUAUGGUGUACAUCGUCACCGCCGUGUUCACCUCAAGAAGUUGAUGUACCCCUGUGAUAGGUGCACGAAGAUAUUCUGGUCAUCUUCCUCUUACAAGCAUCACCAGCAGUCCCAUAUUGGAGAGAGUCCCAACCAGUGCAGGUUCUGUGACAGAUCUUUUAUCACAGGUUCACAAUGUACCAAACAUGAACGUGUCAAACAUUUCCACAAAAGACAAAAACUGAACAGUUGUACAAAAAGUAAGACUCUAGACAAUCAGUGUCAUAACACACCAAAACAGUUGGAGUGUUAUCAAUGUCCAAACAGAUUGUGGUCAUCCUCUGCUCUCUCCCAUCAUCAGCGCAGAUGUGAAUCAUCAGCGUCUGGACCAAUCAGUACCUUAGCAUCAGAUGAGAAGAAGAAACAUGGUGUGUGUGAACCAGCAGUACCAACUUCUUCUGACAAGAACAUCAGACUUAAAAACCUCCAGAUCAGGCUUCACAGGAUCCAGAUGUGAAGACAAACACCAGACUGAAAGCUGUGUUUUGUUGUCUUCAGAGUGCAGAAGUGUGUUCUAAUGCACCACCUUCACAAAACAGUGACAUUACAGAUGCUCCACCUACCACCAGGUGAAAAGUUCAACUAGUGGAGGUCAACAAGGAACUGGUUUCUAGUCAGAUACUACUUCUGAUUGAUUUUGUGGACAUUGAAUCAGUCAGAGGUCGCCUUCACCGAAAAUAUUCCGUCAUUGAUGGAUAUUUUUUAAAGAUGACAGAAAAUUCUGAAGGCCAUCCGUCAUUUUGACAGAUUCAAAUACUGAGGGUAAUCUACCAAAGAAAGGUUUCACACAACGCUGAACAGAACCUGGACCAGGAUCGCUGGUCUGACUGUGUCUGAACAAGGCAUCAAACGGUCCAUAACAGCAUCCUACCUGUAUAGAACCCUACGGUGCCUGUAUAGAACCCUACAGCGUCUAUAGAACCCUAUGGCGAAUUCCAGCUUCUUCUGUUUCAGUGGAUGCAUUGAAGUCAGACUGAGGAGGGAACUUCACUGCCAUGCAUUAGACGUUUGUGAUGAAAUAAUCUGAUUCUGACUGAUUACAGAUGUUCUCUACAGUUUUUAUUUCAGCGCUGAUUCUGAUCAGAACUCUAUGGGGUAAGGAAGCUGUCCAAAUACAGUUAGCUUUACUAUGAUGGUGUAUACGGGCCACAUAAGAAAAUAAAAAUACAAGUCACUACGAGAAGAAAGUCUUAAAAUAUUGAGAUAGAACCUGUAAUUUUUUGAAAAUAAAGUCAUAGUGAACAAAAAAAAACAAUUUAACGAAAAUAAUGUGCUUUUAUGAGAUUACGGUUGUAAUAUUUGAGGAUAAAUUUGCAAUAAUGUGAUUAAGAAGUCAUAAUUUAUACAUUUUAAGCCUUGUUGAUGACAGUUUCCGGUUACAGCGAAGCAUCAACUUUCACUUCUGUUGGAGCGGACGACUAACGCUAAUUUGUUGAUAGUGGGCGGGGCUAAUAGGCUCAGUAUUUGGCCUUUGUGCGUAAACCCCAAAUGAAAGUAGAACC